UGAUAAACACAAUCUUAUGACUUCCAGUGACCUCUUUGAAAAAAGACUAUCUUCAACUGAUCCUGACUGAUGUUAAAACAACAAAUACUUUCUAAAUUAAAAUUGUACGUGUGAUUUUGGUAUCUUUAAUCAAGCAUUAUCACUUGAACAAGUACUUUGAUAUCUGAUUAAAAUAAUUAUACCAAAUUAUGGAUUUAAUAAGAUUUGGAAUAUUAACUGUUAGCGACAGCUGCUCCGCGAAUAAAUGCGAAGAUGUAAGUGGGCCUGAAAUAGAGAAUUGUAUCAACAACAACGAAACUGAAAUUGGAAAGAUUCUUAAAGGCACAGUGUAUUGCAAAAAUAUAGUUCCCGAUGAUGAAUGUUCAAUAAAGGCAACUCUAGUAUCUUGGUGCGACAACAAACAAGUAGAUGUUAUUCUUACAAUUGGUGGUACAGGAUUUUCCGAAAGGGAUGUCACUCCUGAAGCGACGAAACAAGUAAUUACCAAAGAAGCUCCUGGCUUGACUAUCGCAAUGUUAACUGCAAGUUUAAAAAUUACUCCAAUGGCUAUGCUAUCCAGAACUGUAUGUGGCAUACGAGACGAAACUUUAAUAAUCAAUUUACCUGGAUCGCCGAAAGGAGCAAGGGAAUGUUUAAAUGUCAUCGCAUCUGCUAUACCACAUGCAGUCGACUUAAUUAGAGACAAUAAAAAGAAAGUAAAAGACACGCAUGAAAAUGUACAAAAUAACACCAAUGCUUGUUUACACAAAUGUCAGCAGAGAACUUCGAUGUGUUCAGGAAAUGUAGUCGAUCGUUGUAGAGAAUCACCAUAUCCAAUGAUCUCUAUGAAAGAAGCCUUACGAAUGGUACACGAUUGCGUAGAAGCAUCAAGACCCAAAUCAGAAGUAGCUGUGGAAAAAGCUUAUGGUAAAAUAUUGGACUGUGAUUUGUAUUCCAAGAUUGAUUUACCACCAUUCAGAGCAUCUAUUAAAGAUGGUUAUGCAGUCUUAGCGAGCGAUGGGAAAGGCAGGAGGAAAGUUUUGAGUGGAAUAAAAGCUGGAGACACUGCCAAUACAAUUAAACUUCUGUGUGGCACAUGUGUAAGAGUCAAUACUGGUGCUCCAAUUCCAGAUGAUGCCACAGCAGUUAUACAAGUUGAAGACACCAAAUUAUUAAAAGGAACUUUGGAUAACACGGAGGAGGAAGAAAUUGAAAUUAUGACAGAAAUAAGAGAAGGACAAGACAUUAGACCUAUUGGCUGCGAUAUUAAAAAGGGAGAAUUAAUUUUAAAGGCAGGAAUAAAACUGGGAGCAGUAGAAUUAGGUCUUCUCUCUGCGUGUGGAUAUACAGAAGUAUCUGUUAUCGAUCUUCCAAAAGUUGGUGUUUUAUCUACGGGAGAUGAAUUGCAGUGUCCUGGAACACGCCUAAUGCCCGGACACGUGUACGAUAGCAACAAAAUUACUUUGUUAUCGAUAUUAAAAGAGAAUGGUUUCGAUCCUGUGGACAUGGGUAUCGCACAAGAUGAAGAGGCUGUGAUGAUAAACAUGAUCGAAAAUAGUUUAAAACAAGUCGAUGUGCUUAUAACGUCAGGCUCUGUCUCUAUGGGUGACAGAGACAUGUUGAAGCCUAUUCUGCAACACCAUUUUAAUGCUACGAUACAUUUUGGACGAGUAAACAUGAAACCUGGGAAACCAACUACUCUCGCAACGUGUUUAUAUCAAGGCAUGAAAAAAUAUUUCUUGUGCUUACCAGGCAAUCCAGUUUCUGCGACUGUCACUAUGCAUUUAUUUGCGUUACCUUUAUUGAAGAUGCUGUGCGAGGAUUAUUCGACACCUAUAAUCGUGAAGGCCAAAUUGACGACGUCUUACAAUUUGGAUCCACGUCCAGAAUAUGCAAGAGCAAUCUUAAAAUGGAACGAUGAGGAUGUUUUACCACUGGCUUAUAGCACUGGAAAUCAAAUUAGUAGUAAAUUACUCAGCUGCAAAAAUGCAAAUGCAUUGCUGAUGUUACCUGGUCGUACUAAAGAAAGAUCUGAAUUACACGAAGGAGAUGUAGUGCAAGCGAUGUUAUUGAGAUCAACAAAUUGUGCAUGAUUAAGCGAAACGGGUGCAAAUGAAAAGAAAUAUUGAUACAGUAACGUUCUAUAUUGAAUUGUUUUUUGGUUACUUUCUAUUCAAGUCACAUGAAUAUAAUAAAAACGCUUUACAUGGAUCUACCAUCUUCACACGUUUACCAUUCCUGUAACAGGAUAUUUACUAUAAUAUGCAAUGAUAUGAUAAGAUUGUCUAAUGGUUUAUAAUAUAUAUUUUUAUACACAUUAUAAUUAAUGAGAAAUUUAAAUAAAUUGUGGUAAAUAAAUGGUGUUUGAAAUAAUAUGAUUUUGUUAUGAUUAAAUACUGAUUGAUACGAUUAAGUAAAAAUUCUUUAUUGUUGUUGA